AUGGAUUCCAAUAGAGACUCAAACGAGGAAUCUCCUUACAUGAGCAUGAAGAAGGAAUCUCCUUAUGUGAGCAUGAAAAGGGUGACAACAACCAGCCCCGAAUCAUGCAAUGAUGAUGUGAGAAAACAUGGGCAGUUUAAGCCUCCAGUGCCUUCGCCACGCCCAGGAAGACUUCAGAAUGCAAAUCCACCAAUCGUUUGUGAUAUUUGCAGACAAGAGGGUGAGCGUAUCAUUGCAGUAGGAUGGUGUACUCAAUGUAUGGGACAUUUCUGUAACACUUGCAAACGAGCACACUGUCUUUCCAAAGUAUCGAGACAUCACAAGUUUCUUGAGUUGAAUGGUGAUGCACAGAAAGAUGAUGCAAUGGUAAAAGAAAUACAACUCAAGAAAGACAUCGUGUGUGAAUUACAUCCAGGUAAAGUCUUGUCACACUAUUGUCUUGAUGAUGAAGCUCUUAUUUGUGACUUCUGCUGUAGAAGUAACCAUACCAAGCACCAUUACAUUGACAUUGAAGAUGUUGCAUCUGAUGCCCUCAAACAAGAAGAUAAACUGGUUACAAUCAUUAAAAAAAGAAUUGGAGACUGUGACAAAGAAAUUGAUAACUCUAUGGAUGAUAUAAGCACAGUCAUUCAAAGUAAGGAUGAUUUUCUCAUCAAAGUAAAUGAGGAACGUAAAUCGAUGCACGAAACACUUGAUGCUCAUUUUAAUAAGAUUGAACAUGAAGGAAAUGGAAGUCAUGAUGCAGCUAUUGCGAAGAUUCAAAUCCACCAAAAGAUGGUAAGACUUGAGAAGUUCAAUAGUGAGAGUGUAUUGAAUCAGUUAACAACCGCCAAAGCCAAACAUCACCCUGUCCAGAUUGUAAAAUCUAGUAAUGAAAUUAAGAGAACACUUGAAGAAUGGAGACAUGUCCUGCCUCGAUUAAGCUCAGAACCACUGAACAUCAGCACAUUUCAACCAGGCGUCCUGGAUAUGACAAAGCUAGCUCAGGUUAUCUCAAGGACUUUACAGGGGUCACAGAGGCUAUGUGAGCCAUGUAUACACAGGAUAGGGCCUUUAUAUGAUAAGAAACCUGGUUACAAAGCACUGAUCGAUAUCUCUAUAGGAGGCAAAGGUGAUCUUGCUGUGCUUAACAUUGACAGCUCUAAUAGUGCACAGUAUCAAAUGGCAACAUAUGAUUUAGACACUAUUACUGUAAAGAAAACUGUAUAUGGAUUAUUCCAUGGUCUUUGUACACUAAACACUGGAUGUUACGCACUUACAGACCAUGCUAACAAAUGCAUUGCAGUGUAUGAUGCAAAUCUCGAGCAUCAAAGAAACAUUGCUAUUAAUAUGUUUAAAGAUCCAUGGGGAAUUUGUGAAGGCUCAGCAGGGGAAAUUAUGGUUACUGAUACCGGCUCUAAGUCAGUGAGUCACAUAGAUUCCUCUUAUGGAUCCGUUGUUUCCUCCAUCUCCCCUGGUAUUCUCAAUUGCUCUUGGCCAUGGUAUGUAGCCAUCAACAGUGAAGGCAUGGUCAUCAUCUCUGAUGAUUAUAAAAAUUGUGUAAAAGGUGUGGGGAAAAAAGGUGAGACAAAGUUCAUCUAUGGGGGCAAGGGUCAAGGUCAAGGUCAGUUGAAAGGACCAGCAGGUGUUUGUGUUGAUCCACUGGAUAAUAUCAUUAUAGCUGAUAAUGGUAAUGAUCGAGUUCAUCUGCUGGAUCCCAAGGGGAAUUUCAUUCGAUUUGUUCUAACGUCUGCUGAUAAAUUCAAGGGCCCCAUGUGUGUUGCUAUUGAUAAGAAAGGAAAUUUGAUCGUUGGGUCUCAUGAUGGAGAUAUUUGCCGCAUCACAUAUCUGACACAGUAA